UGCAAAUACCAGAUUUGAUGGGAAAUGUAUAUUAUAAGACCUUGCACUCCUAUAGCACCUUUCAUUAAAAGUUGUCAUAAUGCUUUACAAACAUUAAUUAGGGAAACAUCACACCUCUGUAUUCUGAAAUCCCAUUUGCGGAUGGGGAAACUGACACAUAGAAAGAUAUGGGGUGCAGUUGUGCAAUCUUUAUUCAUGUUGGUAAUCAUUUAUUAAUAGGAACAGUCUUGCUGAAGUCAGUGAGACUACUUUCAUGAGUAAGUGCUCCUCAUUAUGAGUAAAGGUCACACACUGGACUAAGUGACUUGCCUGAGUUUAUACAGGAAGUUAGCAGUAGAACCAGGAGUAGAGCCCAGUAAACUGGACUGAUGCCCAGUACCAUGGUCUAAGUACUAGACAUGGUUUCACCCCUGUAAAAAAUAAAGCAUUCAUAUAUGACUGAUUGCACCAGUCAUUCUGCAUAAUAGCUUAAAUAUCUAGAUUUGCCACAGAAUUAAGGGAUGAAUAUAUAUCAAAAGAUAAGAUUGGUUUGUGCCUCACGUUAUAAUAGUUGUACAAAAGCAAAGAUUCUCCCUUGUACUCCAUAAAACUGUAACUGGGCUACUGAUCAGGGUGAUCUUGCCAUAAAUAAUAAAUUGGCUGACACUGAUAAAAUACAGCUUGCUUUUCUUUAUAUUUUUGUUUAAAUAGAUUUUAUAUAAAAAAUCCUGUUAGCACUGCUUACAGACAUGCCCUUCAAAUUCCUAGAAUAUACAUGCAUGCACUUCAUUUUACCUCUUAUUUUGUUAGUAGCAGUAGCAAACUAGAGUAUACUGUGCACGUUUUAAGAUGUGCUACCAAAAAAACAACAACAUUGUUAAGUAGAUUGAAGUUUUUUAGUCUUUUUGAGUCUGUAGAAUUGGCAAAUAAGACUUGGUCCAAGUUAUUAAAUAUUAAUGCAGGCACUGUAUGAAGGGGCUGAAUGUAAAUUCGUUUGAAUGCUUUGGUAGGGAAGACAUUUUUGUGUUUAUUUCUUGUGGGCAUUGGUAGUUAACCUUAUAAAUAUCUAGACUAAAAACUAUUAGCUAAAUAAUUACCUUAUGUAACUAAAAAAAUCCCGCUCUUUUGGUUUCAGAUUUUCUGCCCUUUGUAUGUGAUGGCUGUUCAGGAGUUUUUUGGUGAAUAUAAGAAGCGAGAGCAUGAAAUCGGACGAACACCGAUCUUACCCAUGCACGUAUAAGGGCUGCAAUGGAAAAGAGCUUUUACCAGUUUUAUGCCCCUACUGCAAGAAACAGUUUUGCUUAAGACACCGUCAUCAGUCAGACCAUGAGUGUGAGAAACUGGAUACCCCUAAACCUCGCAUGGCUGCUACCCAGAAGCUAGUUAAAGAUAUUAUAGAUUCUAAAAAGGAGGAGGCAGUAAGAAGCAAAAGACGGAAAGGAGCAAAAAACAGUGAAACAGCGGCAAAGGUGGCACUAAUAAAACUGAAAAUGCAUGCGUGUGGGGAUAAGUCCUUGCCACAGUGGCACCUGGCGAAGGCGAACCUAUCUAUUAUGUCUAUAGAACAUAAAAUAGAAGUUGAUGAAACCAGGGAAACAAGUAUGAAGGGGAAACAAACCAGAAAAAAACAGACAGAAAGAAUUUACUUUCAAGUGUUUUUACCUAAGGGAAGCAAGGAGAAGAGCAAACCCAUGUUCUUUUGCAGUAAGUGGAGUAUUGGCAAAGUAGUAGAUUUUGCAGCUUGCUUAGCAGACCUUAAAAAUGACAACAAGUCAACAGCCAAGAAAUUAAGGCUAUGUCAUACUGCAUCUGGAGAAGCUUUGCCAUUGGACCACACAUUGGCUACUUGGCUAUCCAAUCAAGAUUGUCCAUUAUAUAAUGGUGGAAACAUUAUUCUGGAAUACCUUGAUAAUGAAGAUCAGUUUAUAGAAAAUACAAAUUCAUAUUUAGAGUAGCUAAUUGGUGAACUGGAUGGAAACAAAGAUCACCAGAAAACACUGAGCUAAAUCCAAGCACAACUUACAUUUAGAAUGGGUUCAGACCUGAUUCAGCCCUGAGCCACCUAGACACAAUUCCCACCAACUUUAGUGGGAGUUCCAUCUGCAUAACUGUGGGUAGAAUUGAGCCCUAUCUCUAAAAAUAAAUGUAUAUUUUUAAUGUAGAACAGUUGUGGUUACUUGAAACAAUAGUUUAACCCAUUUAAUAAAUAUUUGAUGUUGGUCAAUUUGAAAUAUUUAUAAGAUAGAAAGUGUUCCAGUCACAACUGGCACAGGAUGCCUAUGGGCAAGUAAACUAACUCAUCCACCAGCUACCAGAACUUGGGAGUGGUUGAUACUGCUAAAAAGAGAAUGGAUUGGUAAGCGGGCAUCACCUCUAUGCUAUGAAUCUUUCCAUUUAUUUUAUUCUAUUGCCAUUAUGCAAUCAAAUGAAAUUUUUAUUUUCGGUUUUGUAUUUUAAAGUAUUUUUUGUACAUUACAAAGUAUUGAUGAAAACAAUAAAUGAAUUAAUAAUGUAAACUAGCAGAGUGAACAGUUAACUAAAGAGGUAAGAAGCUCUUUAUAUUAUUGGAGGGGAUACCUGGUUUGACCUAGAGCCCUUCUUCAUUCUACAUCUGCCUCUUUUGUGGCUAAACAGAGUGGCAGCCCUAUUGAACAGAACAGUCCGGUACCUUUCUAAAGCACGACAGUAAUGUAUUUUUUUAUUCUCUAUUUCUUGCUUUUAAGAAUGUACAGGACAGAGUUUGAAAAAAAAAAAAAACCCAUGUUUUACAA